GGCCAAAUACCCGUCUCGGCCUCAACUAUAUAACCGAGAGAGCCCGCAACUGCACGUUUGGUUUCGUAUCGUUCUUGCCCUUUCCUUCAAGCCAAGCUCUUCUCAACUCUUCUCUCUUACUCUCAUCCCCCCCUUCUCGAUCUUUCUACUUCCUCAACCAUGAUUACAGUGAGUGUUAAGUGGCAAAAGGAGCUUUUCAAAGAUGUAGAGAUUGAUACCAGCCAGCCCCCUUAUGUUUUUAAAGUCCAAUUGUUUGAUCUAACCGGAGUGCCUCCUGAAAGACAAAAAAUUAUGGUCAAGGGUGGUCUUCUAAAGGAUGAUGCUGAUUGGGAGAGGUUAGGAGUGAAAGGGGGUCAAAAGCUAAUGAUGAUGGGAACUGCUGAUGAAAUUGUGAAAACUCCAGAGAAAGGAACUGUUUUUGUUGAAGAUCUUCCUGAAGAAGAACAAGUAGCUGCUGUUGGACAUACUGCUGGUCUUUUCAAUUUGGGAAAUACUUGUUAUAUGAACUCAACAUUGCAAUGCCUCCAUUCUGUGCCAGAGUUGAAGUCGGCUUUGAUUGAUUACUCACAUUCAGGACGAAACAAUGAUGUCGAUCAGUCGUCUCAUAUGCUGACCGUCGCAACCCGUGACUUAUUCAGUGAGCUUGAUAAAAGUGUCAAGCCCGUAGCCCCUAUGCAAUUUUGGAUGGUAUUGCGGAAAAAGUAUCCUCAAUUUGGCCAGCUGCAUAAUGGAGUGUUCAUGCAACAGGAUGCCGAAGAAUGCUGGACACAAAUCCUAUACACACUUUCACAAUCUCUAAGAUCCCCUGGAUCUAGUGAAAGUACUGAUGCUGUAAAGGCUCUCUUUGGCGUAGAACUUAAGAGCAGGAUCUAUUGCCAAGAGAGCAAUGAAGAAAGCUCAGAAACAGAGUCUGUUUAUUCACUUAAAUGCCACAUAUCGCAGGAGGUAAACCAUUUGCAUGAAGGACUAAAACAUGGUUUAAAAUCAGAGUUGGAAAAGGCUUCUGCUGUUUUGGGUCGUAGUGCUGUUUACCUGAAGGAAUCACGCAUCAAUGCCCUGCCAAGGUACUUGACUGUUCAGUUUGUCCGUUUCUUUUGGAAGAGGGAAUCAAACCAGAAGGCUAAGAUUUUGCGAAAAGUAGAUUAUCCUCUGGAGUUGGAUGUUUAUGAUCUUUGUUCUGAUGAUCUUAAAAAGAAAUUGGAAGCUCCUAGAAAGUUCCUAAGAGACGAGGAGGGCAAAAAGCUUGGUCUGAAAGUGAACGAGAAAAGCUCUGUUCGCAAGGAAAGUGAUGUAAAAAUGUCCGAUGUUGAGGGAUCCUCAAAUGGAGGAGGGGAGCCAUCUGUUGCUCCAAUGGAGGAAGGUGAAAAAGAAACCCAAAUGACUGGAGUUUAUGAUUUGGUUGCUGUAUUGACCCACAAGGGCAGGAGUGCUGAUUCAGGACAUUAUGUUGGUUGGGUAAAGCAAGAAAAUGGGAAAUGGAUAGAGUUUGAUGAUGACAAUCCAAAACCUAGAAUACAAGAUGAUAUCACUAGACUAUCUGGAGGAGGUGAUUGGCAUAUGGCAUAUAUAAUCAUGUACAAGGCUCGUGUUGUAUCUCUGUAACUGCCAAGAGCUUUAGCAUGUUUGAUGUUUUACCUCAGAUUUAAGGAUUGUGAAAAAGAAUGGUCCACGGGUCAUUGUUUGUAUUUUACCAUUUGAACUUUGAUGAAUGUUAGUUAGUCUUAUUUGUUUAAUUUAGGUAUUGUAUUUUUUUAUUUAAAGAAAGGAUGUAUAAGAAUUUGAGAGUACUUGCUAUCCUGAGUAACCUCCCUUCCUUCAACUGAGCUCAAGAGAUAGCCGAAUGUCAAGUUAUAUUUAUUUGAUGAA